GUUUUUGUGCCAAUUUGUUUGUUAUUCGAAGAUCCAUCUUUUGGCAUCUUUCUCUUAGUUGUUACUUUCUCGUACGUUGCAUAAAAUUAAGAAAACAAAGUGACGGUGGCAGCAUUUUCAUACAAAAAAGACAAGUAACCCGUUCGUUUUUGGGCCGUAUUGAAAAACUGAUCAAAUGGAUGUACGUCACAAUGUAAUAUCACGGCAGUAUUAUCGUCAGCUUUGUCCUGAUGUAACUGGCCCUGAUUGCUGUAUACAGAUUACAAGAUGCUCGAACUCAUUGAUGGAGUUGAACUUGUUGGUUGCAAACCUGUGCCAAGCAAGAUGCUCUACAAUAUGAAGAAAUAAACGCUCUAGGAUAUCUUUUACCCCUCCUACCGAUAAUAGGACAAACCUUACGAUAAUAGAGCCGAUGUUAUUUUCUGAUUUUAUCGAACUACAAACGAUUCACAUUUAUUUGGCAUGGUGACCAGUGAAACAGAUGUAGAAGAGCUUCUGGAUUUAGUAAUUCAAACUGGUCAAAAAAUACAGGAAAAUUCCAAAAUCCUUGACUCCAUGUCAGAGAUACUGAAAAAGGGCAUUGAAGCAGCAACUCAUGAUUUACAACGGGAAGCUGAGGAGAAACUCUGGCAAGACGGCAUUCUUCGACAGGUGCCUCUGGUAGGUCGCGUUGUAAACUGGUGGUCACCACCUGCGAAAGAAACGGGAGUUAAAGGGCGAAGUCUUAACUUGACUCAGGGAGUUGUUGAAAGCACAGAAAAUAUCUACAAGUAUCACAUGCAAAUGGCAGCCAGGCAUAAUCAGUUACCAGGAAACAAAAAUCCUCCAUCGCCUUUGGUACAAACCACGAUAAGUACAGAUAGCAGAAGCUUGCAUUCCCGCAAUGACAGUUCUGAUAGCCAGCAUUCCAGUAUAGCAGCAUCUCAACAGGUGCCAACGCAGCAGCAAUCACAGCAACAUAGUAGUCAACCAAAUACAGAAAAUUUGACAUCAGCUAGUUAAAUGCAGUGGUGAACUAUUAUCGCAAUAAACAAACGUGUUCGUUGAUUUUUACCAAAGGCAUUUAAAUCCAGUUUUGAAGAAAAUCAGGCUAUACCAUUGCAACAUGCUAAUAAAUUUAUUUAUUAUUAUUCUAUAAUGAGA